AUCGUUUGGUCCGCAGUAAGAUUUUAAUAACGCAUGCGCAUCAUUCCUCCAAUGGGAACGAAGUGUUCACGUGAACAGCACGUGGAAAUGUUCUGAUAUUUUGCCAAAAAACAGUCGUCAGCUGAGCAUUUCUUCUAAUCGACUGCAAAAUCUGGUGAUUUCAGAUGACUACAAGACAAUUAGUAGCUUUGUAUUUUACAAACCUUUAAAUACUGACUAUAUCAGUAAUUUAUCAAACUGUAACUCUGUGAUUGGUAUGGAAAAUGGAGAACUUAGAGAAGCAAAGUAAUAGUCAUUUCUCUUUCAAGUGGUUGUUGAGAAGAAAUAGGGAAAGCAAAACAGGAAAAGCUGUAAAUCCCACUUCAACCAAAGUCCAUCAUCAGAAAUCUGAAGUACGUCUAUCAAAAUCCUGUGAUGCUAAUUUAACAGUGUGUAAUAAUGGUAAAAAAUUCAGUUCAUCUUAUAUGUUUGGAAGACUGUGGCCAUCCAGAAGCAAGAGUCCGUCUCCAUGUAAUAAUAAACCUUUGGAACAAAGUCCUUUCAAAACUUCAUUUAGCAGUGGUGAUGUAUAUGGGAUGUUGCAUUCUACCUGGAUGGAAAAUUCAGGUUCAGUAGUUUCCAAAAGUAGUCAAAAUGUGUCUCCAGAAAGUACAUUAUGUCCUAAAGCGAAUACUAGUCUAGAAACUGGGCACUCUUGGAAAACUAAUAUUGUAAAUGUUAUAGAUGUAUCUUCUAAAUCAAAUAUUAAAUGUGACUUUAAUCAUCAUUUGAUAUUGUGUAGGCUUUGUUUAGUAAUGAUGCCAAUUUCUGAAAUGCAUCAGUUGGACAAUUGUGGAUGUAUAUUUUGUAAAACAAUAUAUGAAACUUUUUUAGAAGUGGAACUUGAUCCUCACAGAACAUGGUGUCCUAGAGUGAAUUGUGAAACUGUAUGUCUUGUGAAAUCAUCAGAUACUAAUCAAGGAAUUCCUGUUCACUGUCCCAAUUGUAGCCUAACAUUUUGUUCUUACUGUAAAGAAUAUUGGCAUGCAACCAAAACUUGUGAAGAUAUAAAAAAAGAAAAGAAAGAGAAAGAAGAUUUUAUGUCCAGCGAUGAUGAUGAAUCUUUCAUUAAACGCUGUCCUAAAUGUCAUAUACCUAUUGAAAGAGAUGAAGGGUGUGCCCAGAUGAUGUGCAAGCAUUGUAAACAUGUAUUUUGUUGGUACUGUCUUGCUUCUUUGGAUGAUGACUUUUUGUUGAGACAUUAUGAUAAAGGACCAUGUAAAAAUAAAUUAGGACAUUCCAGAGCUUCAGUAGCUUGGCAUAGAACUCAGGUUGUUGGAAUAUUUGCCGGUUUUGGAUUACUUAUGCUAGUGGCUGCUCCAUUCUUGAUCCUUGCUGCCCCAUGUUUGUUUUGUUGCCGAUGUAAGCAGUGUAGUAUGUAUGAAGAAGAACAGUCUGCUCGUUAAAUUUUGAAUGCAGUUCUACAUACAUAUAUAAUAUUCCAUUUAAUUUACAUUCUAAAUUGUCAAAUUAACAAGAAUCUGGAUGGAACCAUAUAAAUUUGGUUUUCAUUUUCCACUAUAAAGCCACAGCUAGUAUGAUCUAAGUUACAAUUUAUUGACUUGUAAUUGUUGCUGGAAUGUGUUAUAACAUUUCAGUUAAGUUUCUAUUUGCUGACAUACAUACAAUGUUAAAGUUUGUUAUAUAUUAGGACAUUUUGGGGAUAUAAAAUAACUGCUAAUAAUUUUAAGAUUUUUUUUUGUUUUUACCAUUACCAAUUAAGUGAAAGCAAAUAUCUGUCCAGCUUGCAGACAUAAGUAAACUAAAAACUAGUUUUAAAUGGCAUGUAUGAAGUUUAGAUAAUUGACAAGAAACAAAUUUUUGUUUCUUCAUCUCUAAAUAGUUUUAAUUCUAGUCAUGAUUAAAACCUUGCUUUAUUUCUAUAAAAAGAUGCAAAAAUGUUUGCAUAAUUCUUUUAAUGAAAGCUUAUUAUAUUUCAGUAUUUAUGAGUGUGUAAUACAUUCAAGCAGAAUAUACUUUUUAAAAGAAACUAUACUGACUGUAGAAAUUACUUUAUUUUGUAUAAAUAUGAAGCAAGUCUCAAAUAAUGUUUCUUCUAGUCUGUACAUAAAAAAUAAUAACUUGUUCAAAAUAAACAUAUAUGCUUUUUUCAUA